AUGGAAAAUAAAGCACUAUUAUUCUCAUCAACAACCGAAAAUAUUAUUAUAGAUGAAAAUAAUAAUUCUGUAGUCUUUAUUUCAACACUCGCUUAUAAUAAUGUUACUAUAGGCGACGAAAGUUUAGGACGAGAAAUAUGUAGCGAAUGUGGAAUGCGAUUUCCCGACUGUUUGGGAUGUCAGUUGUUCACUACUGAUGAAGGGGUUGUAGAGAUGAUCACGCCGCCAAAGAAAAAGUAUAGAGGAGUUAGCUUACGGCCUUCGGGGAAAUGGACGGCUGAGAUCAUGGCUCCAGGGAAAGUGCGGAAAUGGCUCGGGACUUUCGAGACAGAGGAAGAGGCUGCAAGAGCUUAUGACAUUGCCAACGUUCGAUAUAGAGGAAGGAAUGCAAAGACGAAUUUUCAGGUGACGGAUUACCUUAAUUACUGA